AUGGGGUGGGUUGAGACUAUUAACAGAAGGAUAGCGACCAGCCCGGUCGGUCGCUGGUUCAAGCUUGAAGGAUGCGGACAUCCCAAGGAGAGGAAGGGAUCCUACUUCUUCACUGAGAUGCGUGCCGGUCUGGCUACUUUCUUCGCCAUGGCCUAUAUUAUCGCGGUCAAUGCCAGCAUUGUUGCUGACAGCGGCGGUACCUGUGUGUGCAACGAGCCCUCGGAGGGCCCAGGCCCUAAGUGUCUUGACAACGAGGAGUAUGCUCUGUGCAAGUCUCAGAUCAAGCGCGAUCUGAUCACUGCUACGGCUGCUAUUUCUGCUCUCGGCAGCUUCUUCAUGGGCUUGUGCUCUAAUCUCCCCGUCGCCAUCGCUCCUGGUAUGGGUCUGAACGCUUACUUCGCUUACACUGUUGUCGGCUUUCACGGUUCGGGUCAUGUCAGCUUCCAAACCGCACUCACGGCAAUCUUCAUUGAGGGUUUCAUCUUCUUUGCUCUGGCCCUCUUUGGCUUGCGCCAGUGGCUUGCUCGUGCUAUCCCUCGCUGCAUCAAGCUGGCCACCAGCGUCGGUAUCGGUCUCUUCCUUACCAUCAUCGGUCUGACCUACUCCGAGGGUAUCGGCCUUAUUGUCGGUUCCACUGCUACCCCUGUUGAACUGGCCGGCUGUCGCCAGGAGCUUCAGGUUGACGGGGUUUGCCCAAGCUAUGCCAAGAUGCGCAGCCCCAUGAUGUGGAUCGGCAUCUUUUGCGGUGGUGUUUUUACCACCAUGCUCAUGCUUUACCGCGUCAAGGGUGCCAUCAUUGCCGGUAUCAUCCUUGUCUCCAUCAUUUCGUGGCCACGCAAUACUCCCGUCACCUACUUCCCUUACACUGCGGUUGGCGAUGAUAACUUUAACUUUUUCAAGAAGGUCGUCGACUUCCAUCCAAUUAAACAUGUGCUGGACGUGCAGGAAUGGGAUCUCAGCGGCGUCGGCGGUCAGUUCGGUCUGGCGCUCAUUACUUUCCUCUACGUCGAUAUUCUCGACACCACCGGCACGCUCUAUUCCAUGGCCCGCUAUGCCGGCCUCGUCGACCCAGUUACCCAGGACUUCGAGGGUUCCACCUUUGCCUACAUGGUCGACUCCCUAACCAUCUCGAUCGGCGCCAUCUUCGGCACUCCUCCGGUCACUGCUUUCGUCGAGUCUGGUGCUGGUAUCGGGGAGGGUGGCAAGACCGGCCUGACAGCCAUGUUCACGGGUCUCUGCUUCUUCAUCUCCAUCUUCUUCGCUCCUAUCUUCGCCUCCAUCCCGCCGUGGGCUACUGGCUGCGUGCUUAUUCUGGUCGGCUCCAUGAUGUGCCAGGCUGCGGCCGACAUCAACUGGAAGUAUAUUGGUGACGCUCUUCCCGCAUUCGUCACCAUCGCCUUGAUGCCCUUCACCUACUCAAUCGCCGAUGGUCUUAUUGCCGGCAUCUGCCUCUACAUCCUGAUCAACACCCUGGUUUGGGUCAUCGAGAAGGCCUCGGGCGGCCGCAUUGUCCCCCCGAACAAGGACGAGAAGGAGCCUUGGUCUUGGGGUGCUGAGCACGGCAUCCUGCCGAACUGGGCCAACAGCCUCAUCAAGGGCCGCCUGCCGUGGAAGAAGCCGGAACCAGCGUCGUCUGACGUCACCGAGGGCCAGUAUGUGAUUGAGAACCAGCAGGCCCCUUCUGACAACAGCCCGGCCGAGUUGCCGGAGAAGAGGCUCUAA